UAUAUAUGAGAGUACUACUAAACCAGACCCAAACCACUAGAACUCGCGGAGUUCUUAAAUUGAAACCCUAGUUGACUUCUCUAUUUCUCUUCCGACAAUCAAACUGAGUUAAAAUGAGCUUCUCAAAACACAAGUACGAGCCCUCCUAUGACUUUUGCGAAGAAAUCUGGUCCGAAAUAUUCAAAAGACUUCCUGUUAAAUAUGUCUUACGUUGCCGAGCUGUCCAAAAAUCAUGAGAAUUUGGUUAUGAUCCCGACAUUUAUCUCUGGAAUCCCCUUGUUAGCAAAUUUAGGAUUAUCCCGGGUUCACCUCUUCCAAGGUUUUCGGACAAGGAGAUGAAGUGGAAUGCUUUAGCUUUUGGGUUUUUACCGGAAGUUAAUGAUUAUGUUGUGGUACAUGUUGUGAAACCUUAUGUUUAUAACCCUAAUGCACAUUACCCGCACUCGGUCAAGAUUGGUGUUUAUAGUCUAAACACUAAUUCUUGGAAGGAAAUACGCCAAGAUAAUGUUUUUGUUUAUGAUAUGAGUGAUGAGUCGGAAUUUGUUAAUGGUACUGCAUUUUGGGUAGGGUAUGAUUCUGAUCUGGUAGAGCAGAUAGUUAUGUACUUUGAUACAAAGACAAAUGUACUGGGACAGAUUUCGGUGCCUAACUGGGUGGUACGUCAUACCCGCCAGCUGGAGAGUCCUGUUAUCCGUCCAUUCGGUCAAUCUAUUGCUUACCUUGUUGAGGGAGAUGCGGAUGAUUGGGAAUAUUACGAUGAUGAGGAUGAUGAUUUUGGCACUUCUCAUUUGGACAUUUGGGUAUUGAAUGACAAGAGGAGGGUAUUGAAUGACGAGAGUAUAAAUGAGGAUUUUUGGGAGAACAAGAUGAGUGUUAAGCUAGGUGAAAAUGUUUGGGCUGAGGUAUUGGGUACGAGGAACAAUGGUGCACCAAUACAAGCAAAAUCAAACAAUCUAAUUUCAUAUGAUCUUGAUACUCAUGAACCAUAUGAUUUCGUUGAAUCAUCUGAUCAUUUGACUCCUUUUUACUAUCUUAAGGAGGGCUCUAAAUCACCUUUUCUCAUUCGUCCUUUUGUGGAAACUCUAGCUUUGCUUGAUGUUGAUUGAAAUUAUUUAAGAAGAUGUUAUGUCGGAAGCCUUGUUAUUGUGAUGGGAACUUGCUUGAUUUCUUCAACUUUCCAUUUUCUGUUGAAAAUGCAGACGACAUUAUAUGUGCCCACCAAAAGUGAAGUGAUAGUGGACCGUGAAGGAAAAUUUCGAUAUCUGAUUGAUAAAAUGACAUCAGGGAGUCUUAGCCUAUAUGCUGAAAAGGAUGAGAUGAAGAAAAUUCUUCUUGGAUUAUGUGGAUUAUGUUUUUGUUUUUUAUUGUAUCAUUCUACGUUGGGAGUUUAUCGUUUAGCUUAAUAUUGUGUUAUGUUUUUGAGAAUAUGUUGUUUUGGCAUUAUAUUUUGAACUUGAUAUGCAUUUGGUAUUAGGUUG